CCUCUACCCAACGCUACGAGACACUCCUACACAGUUCAGCUUCAAAAGAGGAUUUACGUCGCCAGCGUUUGCCCAUGUCGCUUGAUCAGGAAACCUGUUACCUGUGCAAAGAGGAUCUUAGAGACCCCGUGUCCAUACCCUGCGGUCACAUCUUCUGCUCCAUCUGUCUGAAGACGUACUGGGACCACGCCGACCAUACCGGUUCGUUCCUCUGUCCCCAGUGUCGCGUCACUUACAACAAGAGACCCACUCCUCGUCCCCUUUACUCCUCCAGGAGCUCCAGCAUGAACCGCGCCUCCUCCGAAUCCUUCCCGCCGGCCCCCCCGUCCCCCGACUACAACUACGCCGGGCCGAGGGACGUGGGGUGCGACAUGUGCAUCGGGAAAAAGCUCAAAGCCGUCAAGUCCUGCCUCAUGUGCCUUGCCUCUUACUGCGAGAAGCACCUGAAGCCUCACUACGAGUCGGCCACCUUCAAGAGGCACAAGCUGGUGGACGAGAUCGGGCACCUGGACCGACAGAUCUGCCCCCAGCACCAGAAAGGUCUGGAACUUUACUGUCGCACCGAUCACAUGUGCAUCUGCGUGCUGUGUACCGUGAAGGAGCACAAGGGUCACGACAUGGUGUCGGCCGAGCAGGAGAGAGCGGAGAUGCAACAACGGUUGGGAGCCACGCAGGCUGAGAUUCAGGAGAAGAUCCACGAUAGGGUCAAACAAAUGGAUGAGCUGAAACAAGCAGUGGACGCGCUGAAGAACUCAGCUCAGCGGGCCCUGCAGGAGAGCGAGAAACUUUUCUCGGACAUGCUGCGUUCCAUCGAGCGGAUGCAACAGGAAAUGGCCAAACUCAUCUCGUCCAAUAAGAAGGCGGCGCUGAACACCGCCGAGGGGCACAUGGAUCGGCUGGGUCACGAGAUCGCCGACCUGAAGAGGAGGGACAACGAACUGACGCAGCUCUCGCGCACUGAAGACCACAUCCACUUCAUCCAGAGCUACCACAUGCUCAUCGCUCAGACCGAGGCCGAAGAGUUGCCCACGGUUACCGUCAACCCCUACUUCUCCUUCGGCCCGAUCUCCAAGACAGUGUCCGAGAUGAAGCAGCAUCUGAACGAGUUCAGCAACGAGGAGCUGGUCAAAGUGGCCAAAACUAUCAACAAAAUGCCCUUCUGUCAGCUGGAUGACAAGAAAAGGAAAACUAUGAAAUCUGACGAAAUUGACCUGUACAAGUCUCCAAGCCACCAUCCACGUAGCAGAGAGGAAUUCCUACAGUAUGCUUGUCAGCUCACACUGGACUCCAAUACUGCUUACAGACAGUUGUACCUGUCACGAGGGAACAGGAAGGCCGCCCUGAAGAGAGACCCCCAGUCUUACCAAGACAGCUCCCAGAGAUUCGACUGCUUACCCCAGGUGCUGUGUAAAGAGGCCCUGUCCGGUGGCGCCUACUACUGGGAGGUGGAUUGGAGCGGAGAGGGAGCAGCCCUUGGGGUGACCUACAAAGGCAUCAAGAGAACCGGUUACGGGGACGCGGCGAGAAUCGGCUACAACCGCAAGUCCUGGAGCCUCUUCUGCUCCGACUCCAGCUACUCCGCCCGUCACAGCAAAGACCAGACAGAGAUCAACGCUCCCUACUCCUCCCGGAUUGGGAUCUUCCUCGAUUACACGGGAGGAACUCUGUCUUUCUACAACGUGUCCGACAACAUGUCCCUCAUUCAUCAGUUCAAAGCGUCCUUCAGCGAACCCGUGUACCCAGGGUUCUGGGUUUGGUAUGAAUCAGCCAUCACCAUUUGCCAGUUAUAG